AACGCGGCGUAACGCACGCCCCAGACAAAAAAACCUGCACACUUACUAGGGCGUGCGUUACACUAAUACGUUAGAUUAAAAUUACGGGCAUCGCGAAUCGUCGAGUUUGGAUUCGAGUCCGUGUUCGAGUUCGAGUUCGAGUUAUAGGGAUCGAGUUACAUACAAAGCCGGAAACCCAGAUACAGUCGUUUACAAACCGAGUCUUCGUUGUACGCUGUCAUGUCUGGUAAUAUCAAACAACCUCUGUUGACCCUUGGAAGUCUGAUCAAGAAGGACUUACAAGAUGCCUAUUUUUUACCUGCAUGGCCUUCUUCGUAUUCACUACAAAACAAAUUUUACAACAACUUAAAAUACUGCGUCUUUGAUAAUGCGCCCUCUUCAAAGAUUUACACUGACUUUAUCUUUCCGUGCCGAAACCUUCCUGCGACUGGGAAUGAGGUCCCUGUUCUAUCGGACUAUCAGCCUCCUUCAUUCUUGAAAGAACAUUGGAAAAAAUGGCUUCCCGACUUCCCUGAUGCAGACAUUCGGCCAGUCAGUCAAGGACUACGGGAUGAUAAACCCAUUGUCACUAACGCUGCCAUCCAAAGUCUCCCAAAGAGUAAACACUGUGUUGAUCCUGAUGUUCUAUACAGAGUUCAGUUGAAGAGUUCAAUCCAUGAUAUUGGUGUACCGUGCCCUAAAUAUUUCCCUUCCGAGGACGCCAUUUCUUUCCCGUGUAUGGUCAAAGUCGACAUGAGUUGGUCGGGUUAUGGGAACAGGGUUGCUUACAACGGGAACGAGUUUGCCGCCAUUAUAAAAGAGAUACGAGAUAAUGGUUGGACUGGUAAUAUUAUUUACCAGCAAUUCAUGGAAGAUGUGAAUGAAAUGGUGAGUUUUGAGUUUUAUUUACACGUCUCGGGAAAGAUGCACUGGUUGGGCACUAAUGUUGGCGGUUUCGAAGGAUUCAAGUGGACGAAUGGAGUAGUGGAAUGGAAUAAACAAGAGGAAUAUAAGAAUCGUUUUUACGACCAAUUCGUCGUUCCUGUCAAGGAUUACUUGCACAAGCAAGGGUAUUUUGGCGUAGUCAUGUGUGAAAUCAUGCUUUGUGACUAUGGAAUGUACCUCGUGGAUCUAAACCCAAGAGUUAGCGGAGACACCCAUCAUCUUUUGUUGGCUGACUACAUGAUGCAGUUUGGUUUCCCAGACUCAAUCAUGAAGCAAGGAAUGAAGACGAACAAAUCGGCCAAGACGUUAGUGGAGAAGGCAAACCACAUCAACACUGGCACAAGUGCCGGAAGGGUUGUUAUUAUCGCUGCUGCUGACGUGGAAGAAGAUCAGUGUGAAUAUGAAAUAUCUGUCUUUGCGCAAUCGAGAAAAGAAGCUUUGGAACUUUAUAACAAGAUGUAGAGUGAAGUAACCCGUGAAAUAGACUAAUACUCAAUAGUAGAUCCUAAUUUCACCAGGGCCCGGUUGUACGAAGGGUGGGUUACGACUGGAGAGCAUGACCAUGAGGUUCCUUCCCCCCUCCCCCCGCUAAAAAAUGAACGGUCCCUAACAUCACUUUGGUCACAAAAUGCGACGUUUAAAGUGAGGGUCUAGGGGAGAAAACGCGGGAGAAAUAGUCGUAGCGUAUGUAACGUCAUCUUUAUAUAUACACCGUGACACUCGUACUGAAAUAUCUUCAUUUGAAAAAAAUGAUUUAUUAACGAGCAAUAUAAAAAUACAUUAUACUUAAAGAGAUAUCAGAAUAUUUUAAAAAGUAUAAAUUCAAUCAAUUAAUCAAUCAAGAGGUAAAUCACGGUCAAUCGAUCUUAACUCGGCCAAUCACUGAUGUUUCUUCCUAAUGACCAAUAGCAGUUCACGUGAUCACACUUGUCAUCAAAUAUGGCGGAAUUUGGCCAUACCGUAACACCGAGUUCUUCUCUCUUAGUUCGUCCAUGUCAUUGGGUAAAAUACCUGCCAUAGAUUAGCGAACAUAGAUUCGCAGGUGGCGUUCAUUCCCAACAUAAUCACGUGAUCACAUCUUUUAUCCAACAUGGCAGAAUGUGAUGUUGUUUAUUAGUUGAAUAUCAGUCGUACAUAUUUAUAUAACAUUGGUACAAAAAAGUCGAAAACAAAAUAUUUCAAUCGAGCCAAGGGUCACGUAUCACUUGUAAUCAAUCCCGACAUGCAACACUGUCGUCAUCAAAUGUCAGUUUAUCCA